UUUUUAUUUUUUUUCUCGUUAAUUUAAUUAUAUUUGUUAAUUUUUAUUCUACAAUUAAAUUUAUUAGAUUGAUAAAUUGUCGCUCUCACUGAUUGUCAUUCAUUAAUUUCCUUUUGUUUCCAGUUCAAUCCCUUGUUUUGUUUUGUUAAUUUUCACUAAUCAGUUUUUCAUUUUUUUCAAAUCUCAAAGGUAAACAAUUAAUUUCAUCUUUGAUUUUGUUUUCGUUUUGAUUAUCUCUCAUCUGAUUGUCCAAUUUAAAAGUGUCAUCGAUAAAUCAAUUGUGCUAAUAUAUUGACUCCAUUGGAUUAAAAUGCCAUUGAGAAAUGCAUGUGUCAUUCUUAAUUGUGAAUCAUGUGAGAUGAGAGAUGUAUCUUAUUUUGGUUUCCCUCGAAAUCCAAUUCAAACAAAGGUCUGGAUUGAGCGAUUAAGGCCAAGGCUUCCGGCCAAUUUCACCGAAGCCGAUUCUGUAUCUAAACAUAUCUGUUCACUUCAUUUUCCCCCUGAAACUCAUUACCACCAUGGUAUGGGAAGGAGAUUAUUUCCUAAUGCACUUCCAUUCAUCAUUGAUGAACAUUCAACGACCAAUGUAUCGACCCAAUGUCACAUAGUUCGUGAUCAAUCACGAGAAUUGACUGAGCUGAAAAAACAACACGCUAUCCUGAAGCGAGAAUACACCAAGCUGAAAAACAAUCCACCGACGGCUUUCAUAAUUAGAAACCUUUACAAGUUGAAACCUCGAGUCUCUCAGGAGGCGUUUAUAUGUUUCGAGAACGCUAUUCACAAUUAUGAUAAACAUCCACAGAAUCGACGUCAUACCCUUGCAGCCAAACAAUUAACUAAUCACAUACAAGUUCAAAGUAACGAAGCUUUUAAAUUGUUUCGCUCAUAUUUUGCUCUUCCAUCUAAUCGCACUUUGGGAAGACACUACAAUCAAAAGGAUCAAAUAUCUAAUGAUAAUGGUAAUGGUAAUGUCACUGAAGAAACUCAACUCAUCUCAGAUAAUUUAAUCAACUAACUUAAACAAAUCUACUAAUCGUAAAUCGCAAUUAAGUUGAUGACAAUAAUGUGACAUGUCAUUGCUCUCUCUCUCUCUCUAAAUUAUAGUUUGCUAAUCACAUUAAUCAUUUAUACACAUGUGAAGAUUGUGCUUGAAUCUUUUUACUCUCUUGAUUGUUGUAAACAAUUUAACAAUAAAAAAGUGAAUUGUACAAAAAGUGAAAUUA